AAACCACCAAAUUGCACUGUUUGCUGCCUCUUUUGUUCCAGCUGGUCCAUCUCCCAUCCAAUGCAACUCUAGACCUGUAAUGACUCGAAAAGGACUAGAAAGACUCGAUAAAGACUUGAAAACCAAUUGAAAAGCACAUAUACAAGAUGUAUAAAACACCAUAUAUCAAUAGUACAAAUACAAAUUAAAAUCACAACUUUUGAACCCGUUUUUUACUGCUUUAUCGUUUCAAAGGAAGAGUAUACUUUUUGUUUUAUAUUUUCUUUUAAAAAUUUAAUUUUUAUAUUUGUGUUUUUCUUUGUAAUUAUAUUUGUGUUUUUUUUGUAAUCAUAUUUGUAUAACAUAUACUUUUUAAAAUUAUUAGUAAGGGUUAUGAUAAUUGUAUUAAAUUUGUGAUGUUGCAUAACUAUACACUUGUGUCAUAGCCAUUUCAUACAUUAAUUUUGUACUUUAUUCCUAAACAGUAAUUAUUUUUUUUUAACAUAACAAAGUAUAGUUAUAUAAUGUAACUAAUAAUUUUUAAUAUAAACAAACAAAUAAAAUUGGUUCUCAACAAAUCAUAUAUAUUACAGCAAGUUUCAAAUAACAAACAUUUUAUUUAGUAGAUUAGACGAAUAAAUAUUUUUUUUUGUUGAUUUUAAAAUAAAAAUAAAAAUAAAACAUGAUCUACGUUUCAACGCGGACCAUAUCUUAAUGUAAUAGUUAAGAGUGAUUAUGUUUUAAUAAUAUAUAUACUUAAAUUAUUAGAAGUAAUUUCAUUUUAAUAAUAUAGAUACACCAUACAAUUUUAUAUGGCAACCAAUAUACUUAAACCAAACCAAACCAAUUUUUUUUUCCAAAUCCAAAUUCGUAAAUAACCAAACUAAUACUAUAUUUCUUAAACCAAAAAACAAAACACAAAAUCAAACCGAAACCAAACCAAAAACCAAAAAAAUAUAAUCUGGAUACAAACCGAAUUUAUAAAAUAUCAUCAAAUUAUAAAAUUUAAUUUCAAAACAUAAAUAUAAAUAAUCACGCCACUGCGCGGAUUAAAAUCUAGUUAGUGAUAAAUAAAUGAUAAUCAUUGUAUUUAUAAUAUGAUGGUGAAAGUUUAAACUACAUUUUAAGUAAAUUGAAGGUGUAUGUUCAGUUGAUCAAUCCAUUGGACAUUCCCUAAUUAUGUUACAUACACAAUCAAAAAGGAAAAUAUGCAAAUUUUCAGAAAUUCAUGACAUUUUUUAAGCCACCUAUUUGCUUGUAGCAUCAAUACUUUCUUUUUUUUUUGUGCAAAGCAUCAAUACUUUCAUUUAAGGACAUUCCUAUCAAACUUAUGUCUUCUAUAUUUUUAUCAACCCACCUAUAUAUUCUGUCACUGUCUAUCACCUUUAAGUUUCCAUGUAUUAGGUAUGGUAUAGAAUAGUGUAUAUAUAUUGCAUAACACCAAUAAUAUAACAAAGAAGGGUGCGUGAACUUUAUCCUGUCACUGAGAACAUGAGAAAUUAUCUCAAAAAGAGAGUUAUAGAGAAAAGAAGAAGAAAAGCAAUAGAAUAAUUAAUAAAACAAGAAACAAAAAAAGAUCUCAAGAUUUUAAAUAUUUUAAAGAGAAAACAAAAGAAAAAAAGUAAGACGAUAGAAAUGUGUCAGAAGAAUACAGAGCACUUGCCCAAGAAACCAUAGAAAAUGUCUAUGUAAAUCUAAUCUCAAGGAUAUUGUAAUGAUCAGAGACUAUCUGUGGUCAUGUUGGGAACUUUGUGGGAUAUCUCACGUGGGACGAUCUUUCUCUUUAUAGAUAACCAAAAAAACAAUGUAACUAUUAUGAAGUUAAUUUGUCAACUAUGUUGUGUGAAAAUAAUGUAGAUUGAAUUUAAUUAUUGAUGUAAAGUAGGUUGUUAGUGAAUCAAGGAGCAUGAAUGAUGAUUGGUACAUGAACACCACUGUAUUUGCUACCUUGCCUUGUGAGGCAACCUAUCUCAUUUUUGGUAUAUCUUACACUAUAUAAUAAUAAACAAAAUAAAAUAUGAUAUUUGUUUUGGAUAUAAAAACUUGUUAUUGUUACAUACUUAGCGUCCACUCUAGAAUUAAUUAUGCAGUGUGCAAAAUAACUGUUUUUAAUGGAUAUGUGUUUCAGUAUAAUAAAACAAUGACGCACUUGGAACCGUUGAAUAUCCGAAAUGUUCAUUAGUUUCUGCAUUUUUCAUAUGAGAUUUGUUCAAAAGGUUAUUUCAUUGUCAUUUUAAAUACCAACCAUUGAGCUAUGUUUUUCUUAUAAUCAGUUCGCUAUUGAAUAAUUUGAUUUAUAACUAAUCAGCUAAGUAAUAACAACCGAACGGGUUCAAUUUGUUUAACUUUGACGAUUAAGAAACUGGUAUGCUCUACUAAACUUGAAUUACUACAAAUGUGCGAUACGAAUCUGCAUUUGUUUUUUUACGCUUUCAUAUGACGGGUCAACUACUUUGAUGACUUACACUGCUUGGAUUACCAGUUGGAUCAGAAUUACGAUUCAUAUCAACAUACAUUGGACUGAGACUGAGAGACAGCUUGGCCACUACCAUUCAGAGGUUAACCAAUUAUAUUCAUACCUUUAAACAUGUAUAUGUCUGUGGUCCUUCAUAAGUUUUAAUAGUCCUCCUUUGUUGACACUGUGCUGUCACAUAGAUUCUUCAUAGAUCUUUCGAGAGAAAAAGGGAACAAUAACAGAUCAAGGUCAUGAUAAAGUCCCAAAACUCUGAAAUAAAGAUAGUUAAAAUUCUCUAUGUAAACCAGGAUAACUUAGUCUAGUGGUAUACGGCUUGCGGCUGCAAGUACAGUCUCGAGUUCGACUCGUACUAGCCACCGAGGCUUUCACAUGGAUUCUUCGACCCGAGGAGACCAACACAUAGCCUGAUCCAAAGCGGUCGCCAAAGGCUCUAAGCCUGCCACGUGGCUAGUCUGGAUCUGCGAAGUGGGGACCAGAAAACUCCUCGUAAAUAUCAAAAAAAAAUUCCUAUGUAAUAAUUUUAAUGAACGUCUAUUGGAUAGUAACGAUAUUAUUUUUUGUGUAUUAAACGGCUGGAUGGAUAAAUCAGAUGACGCAAUUCGUGAUGAUGGUUACAAAUAAUUGGUAAAAGUUGAAAAUAACGGAAGUUUACUCAUAUCUUGCUGAUUACGAACGUUAGUAUAUGUUAAUGUAACGAAAAGUGAUGUUAGUUUCACAAGGGUGAGUAUUUAUUGUAAUGGUGUAGGUAAGGUGAAUAAGGGAUGAAUUGAUUUAUUGAUUGUGAGAGUGGAAGCAGUCAAAGUCGUCGUUGCGUAUGAUUUUGCAUGCUUUGGUGUCAACGCAAUAGGGUAAAACCAAGGUCGAAGCACUGGCUUUGCUUGCUUGUUUUUUAUCUAAUCAUGGGGAAGAAGGAACCAUCCAACAAAAAAAGACAGUUUAAUUAAAUAAAUAAAAACAAAACUAGUCUUAAAUGUGAUUGUGUACAAAUAAAGCGAGACAGAACUUGAAAGAACAGCGAGAGCUUGUGCUGACUUUUUGGACUUCUGUAUUUUUAAGGUAAGACUACUACUUAAAUCAGUUAAGAUUCUGUUUCUGGCUACUGUUCUUGUAGUGUAUUAUUCCAUCGAUAUUACUAAUUAAUUACAGAGAGGAAUUUAAAUACUGCAACAACUAAUUUAAUCCACUUAUAAUUUCACUCCUACUUAGAGCAUGAUUAAUGAGAGGUUCUUAGUGACGGUUUUUAUAUUCUGCUAAAAUCUCCACCUUAAGAAUCUCUCAUUAAUCAUGUUUUUAUACAGUUGAUCAAAAAUUAUGGAUCUUCUAGAAGAGAAAACAUAUAUGAAAAAUAAAAGAUUAUCUCAAAUGUAUUUUGCUAUUUCCACAUCUAAAAUAGAAGAACUCUAUAAUAGAAGUGAAAUAUGCUCUAAUCUAUUUCUGUAAAAUAGCAAUUUUUAAAUAUAUAACAAAAAAUAGAAGAAUGUUAAGAAAUAGAGAUGAAUUAGAGUAGUUUCACCUUUAAAUGCUACUUCAUCUGUUUCAAAAUAGAUAAUGUUUUAGAGAGUUUUUGAAGUUUCAAUAUAUAUGAUGUUUUAUAUUUCAAUAUACUUUUUAAUUUUAUCAAAAACUGUGUAAUCAAUCAUAUUGUAGUUUAUAUGAUUAGUUGAAUAAUUUUUAAUUUAUAUUUUAAUGAUUUUUUAAGAUUAAAAAUGAGUUUCGUAAUAGUUGUGUUCUUUCAUAAAACAUAGUGUAUUUUGAAAUAUGGGGAAUAUUAUAAAAGUAAAAAUACCAAUGAGUUGGAAAUACUCUAAAAUUGCUAAUAUUGCGGUUUUCGAAGUUUUGAUUUAUUUAUCUUCCCUCGUUGCUGGGAAUGAUAUCGGCUUGUCAGUUGCACCAGAUGAUGAUUCUUUAUUUUCGAUUUUAUCAUAAAUGGAAUUAUUUGGUUAAAGAAACAAUUUGCUAAAGAAAAACAGAAACAAAAGGUUGACAAUUUUGAUAUAAAAUAAUUGAAAAGCAUGCGAGAAGGAAAAACUUACUGGCGGUAACCAACAAAAGCAUCCAAUAUGCGUUUCUUAAGAGAAAGAAAGGAUAAAAUAAAAUAAAAAUAAUAAUUUAAGUCGUUCUCUGAUCAGCUUUGAGAAGCGUGCCAUACGCUAAAGAUCGAUGUCAAUUGCGCUCCGAUUAAUCAUCAACCCUUUUCUUUGCAAGUAUGAAUGUAUUAAUUUUACCAGCAAACUUUACAAAAAUAAAAUAUUGCUCCCUGGAUUCUGACACAUACCUUGUGGAUGUGAGGGUAUUGUAUAACGAAAUGAUAAUAAAUGAUAAGACUCUCUCUAGUAUUGUUUUUUUUUACUAGCUAUCAUUUUUCUUGAAUCAUAGAACAUGUUAUUGUUACUACUUAAUACAUCGAAACCAGUGGAUGAUCAUAAGAAUCAAUGACUCUUUCACAAACACACAAAUAUAGAGAAAAAAAAGGGAGAAUGAUGUAAAUGUAUAAUGAUAAAUUGAUAAUGGUCGAGAAUGGAAUUCCCGUUGGUUAUGCUGGUGGUGGUGGGAGUGGUUCAUGCACCUUGUUUAAUUAAUUUGUCACGUAACCAAAGCCAGUGGAUGUAGAACACGUGUAUGAGAAAACAGGAUCCUGACGGUCAAUCUGAGAUCUAAGAUCUUAUAGUCAAUCAUGUGGCGAGGAUCGACGGCUAAAAAAUGUAACGAUCUUCUAUUAGUUACUAGUAUCACUUGUGUUCCAAAAAAAAAAAAGUUACUAGUAUUACUUUCUUUGCCUUUUCCUUUUUGGUCCAUGCAAGACAAGUUACACGAUAAUUACCUACUUAUAGUAACUCCUACAUGUACUGAGGUACUCACGCUUUUCCAUAGACUCUUACCAACCGAAAACUAUAUUUUGACCUGAUAGCUUGUUGUGCAUAAAUGCAUAAUGAUUUAUUUUAUAAAAUAUACGGGAACUAUAGUAUUAUUUAGAUGAUCAAGUUUAACGAUAAGGAAUCAAACCCACCAUAUUAAUAUAUUCGUUGCCUUGCUAGUUGUUACAUGCGUACUCCUCUUAUGUACAUAACACGGUAUGCAAAAAGAAACAAUGGUUGAAGCAAUAAUAUUGAUUUUUUUCUCUGUGGUUAAUUAGGAUCCUGACCGUGUUCGUAGGUUUAUAAAACCCUUCUUCACAUCAGUAAGUUCGUUUGAAUGCAUGGUGGAAUUUGGAAUUUGCACUAAGAUAAGAAGACAAAUUUGAAUAUUUAAUUUAAUAUGUACAUCAUAUACAUGUAUAAACAGAGUUAAAAAUGAAAAAUUUCCUUAGAUUUAUAAAUAUGUUGUAUAAGUUAAAGAAGGGGAUGGGCCACAAGUUGCUAUAUAAGUCCUUCCACUUCUUGAAAUAUUACUUGAGUUCUGAUUGGGCAGUAGUACCAUUGCCAUUUCUCACACAUACCAAUUAUCUAAAAAAAACCCAAAUUUUCAUUUUUGUAAGCUUUUCUCGGUUUCUCUCCAUACCGAUUUCAACAACUUCUCUAUGGACUCUGACAUAAUGAACAUGAUGAUGCAACAAAUAGAGAAGCUUCCUGAAUUUUGUAACACAAAUCCCUCUCUCAUCGACCACAACAACAACAACACUUACCCUUUUCUGUUCAACUCAAACCACAACCAUUCUGACUCAAUGACCCCCGAACCCGGAUUACUCACUAACCCUUCUUCUCUCUCUCCCAACACAAUUUACUCUUCCGUUUUGCACCACAAAAGAAGCAAUAGUAGCAACACCAAUAGCACGAACAUGGAAGCGAUGCGAGAGAUGAUUUAUCGAAUUGCCGUGAUGCAACCGAUACAUAUCGACCCCGAGGCCGUAAAGCCACCUAGGAGGAGGAACGUCAGGAUCUCUAAAGAUCCACAGAGUGUUGCUGCUCGUCACCGAAGGGAGAGGAUAAGCGAGAGGAUUCGGAUUUUGCAACGUCUUGUUCCUGGUGGGACCAAGAUGGAUACAGCUUCGAUGCUCGACGAAGCUAUUCAUUAUGUGAAGUUUCUAAAGAAGCAAGUGCAGACGCUGGAGCAACAAGCGGUGGAUACUAGCGGCGGUGGAAUGACGGCAGCGGUAAGUGGUGGUGGUGGAGUGAUUAUGAAAGGUUGUGGAGCAACGGGGACUCAUCAGAUGGUGCGCAAUGCACAGAUUCUUAGAUGAUGAUUGAUUAUUUUAAAUUUUUACUAUGUGAUAUCCGAUAAAGUUAAAAGGAAAAUUAUUCUAGGUAGGGUGAAGUUAAUUUAAUAAAAUGGAACUAUAAGUCUUUUAACUUUUUCCUGUUUAGAUUAUGUGUGUCUGUGAUGGACUGAUGGUUUUAAUGUCAGACUCUCCAUGGUUUUGGAGUGAGUUGUAAAUUAGGAACUACUAUGAUCGUAUCUUUGUUAUUGGAAUAAUUUGGGAAAUAACUUUAAGGGUUAAUGAUAUAUUGUUUUCAGCUUCAGGCUUGAGUGUGGCCUCUAAAUAGCUGUUUUCAAACGUGCUAAAUCUAUGUAUUCAUCUUGUUUAUUAAAUUUCGAUGCUCAUAUCAGAAUUGGGUACGGUUCUGGUUAAACUAAAAAGGAAACAUUCCUUCUCACUAGAGGUUCAUCGAUCAUGUUUUAUUUCAUAUUAACUUAUACUCUCUAUGUUCCUAAAUAUAUAAGAUGUUUAAGAAAAAACACACAUAUUAAGAAAUUUUUUUUUCUAGAAAGUAUCAUUAAAACUAUAAAAUAGAAAGUAUCAUUAAAACUAUAAAAUAAUUAUAUUCAACCAAUUACAAAAUAGAUUAUUAAAUAUGAUUGGUUAUAGAGUUUUUAAUAAAGUAAAAAUUACCUAAAAAAUAAAAAUAUCUUAUAUAUUGGAACAUCAAUUUUUUUCGAAACAUCCUAUAUUUAGAAACAGAAAGAGUACUAAUUUUUAGGGUAAAAAAUUAUACAAAAUUUGACAACGUCCUUGAAUAAAUUGAUACAAAAUCCUUUUGUUUUCUGUAUAAUUCUUGGUAUGUUUUAAAAUAUCAAGAAAUUCUUUAAAUAAAUUAUCACAUUUUUAUAAACCCUAUUGGUUACCUAGUCGGAUACCUAGUCCGAAAGCUUACCGCAUUGCUUGAUUCGAAUUUGAAUAUUUUCUGACUAUUGCCAAAGAAUAGUUAAAGAUAGACCGAUCAUCUGUUAUAAUCCACAAUGUUAACUAUAUGGACCGAAACUCAAGUCCAUACUCGAUAAUUUAUUAGUUUCUAUCGGGAUUGGAAUUCAAGACCGACAUGGAUACACGCCCACAGUGGCAAAGGUAGCUUCUUGUGAGGAGGGUCAUAUGACCCAUGUGGAAUUUUAUAAAAA